AUGGUUCUGUUCGAAGGAGGCACGCGUGGCGCCGAGUGUCCAGAGGACAGCGUCCGAGAGGAGAGCGGCGAGUGCAAAUGCGCGGCCAUCGACUGUCCAUCGGUCGAAUGCCAGGGGGGUCAACGUCCGAUCCAGGUGAAGCCAGCGGACCCUGAAACGCCGGGUAGCUGUUGCGCCCGUUACGAGUGCGUGCCCGCAGACCCUCGAGGAUCGUCGGAACCGUGUCCCGAGAACAGCGUGCUCACCGAGGAUGGGAAAUGCGAAUGCGCGCCCUGCCCGCCGGUCAACUGCCAACCUGGACACCGUUCUGUUCAAGUGACCGCUGCCCUCGACCGCGAGACGCCCGGCAGCUGUUGCCCUCUCUACGAGUGUAGACCGGCUGAGUCCGUCUCUUGGGUGAAAGUGACAACCGAGAUGGACAAGUCGACAGACGUUUGCGUGCACGAGGGCCAAGCGAGAAAACUGGGCGAACGAUGGCAGCAAUCGGACUGCGAACACUGCGUUUGCCAGGAGAAUAGGGUGGUGUCCUGUCAGGGACCGAUGUGCAAGUCCUGCGAUAAUGCGAUUCCCCCUCACCCUGGCGAGUGCUGCCCUCAUUGUCCACCGCUUACGAACAAGACGCAUCACGAGUCCGAAUUAUCCUGUCCAAAUUCCUUGGAAGGUUGCGAGUUGGUGUGCCAGCGUGGUUACGCCACGGACGAAAAUAAUUGUCCAUUGUGCGAAUGCGACGUAUCUGAGGACGACGAAACGACGACAACGGAGCAUUCGACUAUCGACGUCGGAUCUUCCAACGACAAGAUUUGCCCUAAACUACCAGCACGUUGCGAGCCGAACUGCGAGAUUGCGAGAGACGAGAAUGAUUGCCCGAUGUGCGCCUGCCGAACUAUAGAGCAAUCUACCACCACCCCCGACACUUUGUCGAUCGACGAUUCAUCCGGCAAGAAGAUUUGCCCGGAAGUAAAGUGCGACCUGCACUGCGAACGUGGACUGGUGAUGGACGAGAACGACUGCACGUUUUGCAAGUGUCGGGAGGAACCAGACUCGUCGAGUUGUCCGCCUUUGCUCGGAUGCAGGAAACGAUGCGCCUUUGGCUACAAGACGAACAAACGCGGCUGUCCAAUGUGUCGCUGUCGUGCCUCCUGCACCGACCACCUUAACGGAACGCACCCGGAAGGAUCGACUUGGCAUCCGAACUCGUGCAUCUCGUGCACUUGCGAAGCCGGCGGGAAGCUCAGUUGCAAGGAGACCGUCUGCUCGGUAGCUUGCAACGAUCCUCUGCCUCCGCAACCGGGAACCUGCUGUCCGGUCUGUCCAAUUACGCAGCCGAAGGGAAACGGAGCGACCACUGGUCACCAUUCAGGAGGCAAGGGCUGGGGCACGGUGCCCAUCACGUUGAUCGCGAUACUGGCGUUGCUUUGCCUACUGCUGAUCGUGCACAUCGUUCGCGGUCGAUUUCGGGCUCGUCUCUCACCGUCCGAGACCUCUUAUUCCACCUAUCCGCCGCAGUACUACAAAUGCGUGCCGGCGUACGACACGCCGGUCCAUCGAAACGAGAAAAUCGUACCUUUGUAAAAGACUGUCUGACAAACCGGGGGAAAACGCGAGACACAAUUGGACGUAAUUGGAAGGCGGCGUUUCGGCGCGGCAACCGCCCGUGUUUCGAUGGACCGUGUAAGAGAGUGAGAAAGCGAGGAGAUCGCCGCCAAAACGGAGUCCAAACGCGGCGUUCUACCGGUUAGAAAAUACCAUAUUGUAGAUUCAGUAUUAUUUGUAAGUAGCGGACGGUUUUUCGAUCGUAAGAGAAGACAGUGUUGGGAUUUUAGAUCGAAGUUCGCGAACCACGGCUGUCGGUACGUUCCCCCAUCCCUGAUUCGAUGCGAUGUGUAAAUUAUAAUGUAAUGUAGCGUGAUCGUAUCACGGAGAAAGUGAAGAGAGAAAAACAAGAAAAAGAAAAAAAAAAGAGAUAAACGCGCUGACGAUAAACCUGGUAGAUCCUAAAACGCGAUCGAGAACCGUAGAAAGAGAAAAGAAACAGGCGUCUUAUAGUCGUAGGUAUUAGUUCCCUCGAUCUCUGGACCAUCGUUGUGUUUCGCGUUGCGCGAUCACGAUGCACCGCUGUUCCUUGUCGAUACUUGCAUCAUAUUUUCCACGGCUUUCCAUGCGACUUUCACCCACCUGCACACUUUUUUCUCACCUGGCUAGUACACCUUCACCUUUCCCCGACUUUCCCUCCACUCUCUAUUGUGCGUUCUCUGACGAAUUCUUGGUCCUAUCGAUUCCAAGAAAGAGGAAGAUGAACGUCGUUGAUCCACGUUUCAGACGAAUAUCUCGAACGAUAUCGGUUCUUAAAGUGACACGUUCCACCGUGACGAAGAGUUUUGGAUUAUCUUUGUUUUCGCCCUCCCCCUACUACGCGACGUCUAUGCUUCACUUCGCCUACGAAACGUAACGCUUCUGUUGAAUUGAAUUAGAAUCGAGCGUUUUAUCGCCGGUCGAAUCACGCCAUAGACUCGGUUAUCUCGCGCUGUUUCCCACCGUGCGAGCACGAUUCGUCGAAGGGCGGGAAAUUCAGCCGGAGUUUCGAGAUUCAGAUCGGAAUUUCGAACUUUGAUUUUCAUCCGUGAGCGCGUUCUCGUUCCGUUUCUCUUAGCAUAUACUUGUACAUAUCUAUCCGAGAAUCUACUUGUCCUGUACAAUCUUGCCCGUUCCAACGACGUUACUUCACCCCCAAGUAUUAACGAGUGUUACGCGUUCUACGGGAUCGUUCGUUUGUAUCGUGCUCGUUUUUAGACUCGAUAUCGCGCGGCAACGAUAACGACGUAGCUAUAACGUAGCUUAUUAUGUACUUACUGCGAAAGAACGAUACUACGAAAGGAGGAACGGAAGAGAAAGCGAGCAAGAGGAAAGGCGAGGUGGUCGCACGCCCCGUAGAUGUAUGUAUAGCUGUAUUAUAAGAGAGAAAGAGAGAGAAACAAAAAAAAAGGAGAUGAUUGAAGACGUUUCUGGAAAAAAGUAAAAUCUACAAAUCGUUUCUAAUAAAUCGUCACGUGUGUAAAAAUGUUCCCCCUAAUAUUCAACUAUACGAUUAAGCCGAAAUAUUCUACGUAUGAAUUAUUGAAAUUUUCAAACGCAUGAAUAAUUGAAAUUUUUAAACACAAAUAUAUCUGCACAAUCGCGUUAAAACAAAAAUCAAUAUUAAUUUUCACAAAAACAUCCGUAUCUUUUCAGCAAUUAUGCAAAAUAAAUUUGAAAUUCAUUGUAUUGAAAGAAUUGGCAGAUCCGUGAAAUCGAGUCUCCGUUAAAACAAAAAUCAAUAUUAAUUUUGACAAAAAUACCCGCAUCUCUUCAACAAAUCUGAAAACCACUGCACUGAGAGAAUCUAAAAAUGUUCGCAUAAUUAAGCCAAAGUAUCCUAUGAUUCACUGCAAUUCUCAAACGAUAAUAAUUAAGAUAGAUGGAUAGAAUCAUACAUUCCCUCCAAGGAAUCAAUAAUAAUUUUGACAAAAAGUACGAAAUCCAUUCGACACAAUUGAAAUACAAUCCAAAUACACUGAAAAAAUAAAAAACUGAAAUUUCUGACUCGAUUCGUUAUAUGUCGGCUUGUGGAACCUUUCUCCAGAUACGUCCUCAAUUCACAGAAACAUGGACAAAAGUGAUUUCGGACACGAAUCGCGCACCUAAUCGAAUAAAGACCAGGGACUUCUACCAAAACGUAAAAUACCGGUAUAUAUUGUACCUUCGUAACCCUUUUGGUACUAUAAAUUUCGUUGCUAUAUCGCUUUUGAUACAACUGCGUUGACUGAAAUAACGUAAUUGCCGGUACGAUGAAAAAUAACACAAUAUCAAAUCCAUAGAUUACGAAAAUGUGACCGAAAAAUGUUACCGAGAAGUAAAAAAAAAAAAAAGUAUAAUGUGCAAACGGAUAAUAUAAUACCGGAAAUAACGAUACGGUCCCUGAGAAACGAAUUGGCGCGAUGUUCUUCAAAGUCGCGUCGAUGUCCGGACGAUCGUUGUCGUUGCAACCGCGCGAAACUAGACCGUUGAUUUGUUCGAGUAAAACGCAGAAAUUUAAAACAUAUCUCUCUGUGCUUGGACGCGAGCGCGCGCCCGCGCCCUAGAACCUCGUCUUUAUCAUUCCUUCUCUCCUAAACUUAACGCGUACAUAUAUUUUUCCAAUGCGACACUCGCGUCUUACUGUACAUCGUCUCUGACCGUCUUUACCGUCUAGUAACGCUAAAAAGAAAAAAAACGAAGAAAACAAAAAAAAACAGAAAAAAAAGAAGAUCGUCCGCGUGCACGCGCGUAUUGGACGUGCCCGCGCCCGCGUCGUAUCUACCGCACGUAGAAACGAUCGUCGAUCGAAAUCGCAGACUGUAUUUCGUACGUGUAAAUGUACGUUGGAGACAAUAUGUAUCGACGACAGGUUCGUACGAUGUUCCCGUGACGCGCUACAGCGACGCGCGAGCCUCAAUCGUUUCUCCUUACUCACCGUGUUCUUAUCGCACGCGUUUUAUUAUCCUUAGUGGGUAAAUUUCAUAAAUUUGAUAUUAGGUUGCUGCGGAUGAAAUCAAGGUUGCCCGGAUUCAUCAAACGCCUUUGGUUCGUUUGCAAACGAGGUGUCUCGCGUCGUAGAAUCGUUCGCGAGGUGCUACGGACGAGAUAUCUCGUCAGACAAUCGUACGACAAACGAAGUAACUCGCGUGUUUUUUUAACUGAUGUAUAAGAACUCGAGACAUCGACCGAUGAUUUAGAUAGAAGUGAGUUCGCCAAGACACGGCGUUUGUUAAUGUAAAAGGGAUCGGUGAUCUUCGCUAUUGCGGACGAGAUGCCUUUUAAUUUGCAGUCUUUAUUUUUUUUGGGGGUUUUUUUUUGUUUUUAAAUAGAUUUACUAAGUUCAGUUCGUAUUUGAAGUAAAGUAAAGUUAUAAUUGCCUACUACAAUUACAAAUUUUUAAUCGAUCAUUUUGAUGAUUGGUUUUAUCCUAAUCUAACUUUCUCGGAUCAUUGACAGAUUAUCCUUUCUCUUAGGAUAGCUUUUAUUGACAUUAUUACAUAACAUAAUAUAUUAAUAUUAUUUAAUACCAUGUUGUAUAAUACUAUUAUUAAUAUUAUUGCCAACUUUUAUCGCAUUCAAUCAAAAUUUUAAAGCCCCUUUAAAACACACACUCUGAAUGUUGUUUCCUGCGUUGCUAAAUCCACACUUUCGUUGCGAAACGAUCGACGAAAAGGUCAGUUACGUUAUUUUAGCUUUCAGGUAACGAAUGUUACUACAACUAGAGAAUGUUAUUACGCGACCAUGAAAUUCUGGAUAAUUUAAUAAAUCAUACGUAACAACCUAAUAGAACACGAACGAAAAGAAAAUGUCUAUCUAGUCCCGUCUUUUAAAGAAGAGAAACAGCGACUGUUCACUGUUCACGAUCUUCGACCGUUUCUUAGAUCGAGCAUUUUGUAUUAAAAGGCGAGAAGCUCCUUCUAACGAGGAGAAGGUGAGACCCACAUAAGCUCGUGAUACGAUAAUCGUGAAAACGUUUGAAAUCCAGCGUAAGAGAACGCUUAAGACACGGUGAGACGAGCAACCAAUCAACCAAGGGAGACACGAGAAACGAGUAGCCUCGUGCUUUGCGCGCUCUUUUUGUGUACAGUUUCACCGUAACGAGAUGUCAUAUCAGUGUAACCUAGACUUAAAUAUUUAAUAUAACGCGAACUCGUAUGCAUAUUAAAAUCGUGCGUCAUGUUUAAAAAAAUAGCUCUUGUAUGUUAAAUAAAACGAGACUAAAUAAAAUUGUUGAUAUGUGAUAUAUUGUA